UGAUUGCCGAGCGCACACGGCUCCGUUCGGAUGCUUGGCUAAGAUCCAACUGCUGAAACGUGGAUGGCGGGUAGCCGAUGUCGAAGAGAUCUUCGUCUGACUCCGGUGAGUUGAUCAGCAGUUCGGGAUCCAUGGUUGGGUGCAAAGCCUGCAGGCAGCAGUGAGACUCGGCCCCCCGCAGCUGUAGUGACCCUUACCGCUGCAAGAUGGACUAUCCCUGCAUCGGAACCUGUCUGAUCAUCAACAAGAACUUCCACCCAAGCACAGGUACACACUGGAUGAAGGAGAUUGUCCCUCUGAUCAUGAGUGGAGGAGAUCCAGAACCUGUUGACAAUAUUGUUAACUGGAAACGUGUUCCCUGGCUUGAAUUGCAGCAGACCGCCUCCCUCGAACUUGAACAGAGGCCCUCUCCACGACUGUUGACUACACACUUCCAGUACAACAUGAUGCCACCAUCUUUCUUUGAAGUAAAGCCAAAGGUCAUCUAUGUGACGAGGAACCCCAAAGAUGUGUUCACAUCGUCUUUUCAUCAUCAUGAGGCGGCUUCCUUCCUGGUGGACCCAGGCCCACAGACCCAGUUCCUCCACAAGUUCCUUGAUGGAAAAGGUACACACUGGAUGAAGGAGAUUGUCCCUCUGAUCAUGAGUGGAGGAGAUCCAGAACCUGUUGACAAUAUUGUUAACUGGAAACGUGUUCCCUGGCUUGAAUUGCAGCAGACCGCCUCCCUCGAACUUGAACAGAGGCCCUCUCCACGACUGUUGACUACACACUUCCAGUACAACAUGAUGCCACCAUCUUUCUUUGAAGUAAAGCCAAAGGUCAUCUAUGUGACGAGGAACCCCAAAGAUGUGUUCACAUCGUCUUUUCAUCAUCAUGAGGCGGCUUCCUUCCUGGUGGACCCAGGCCCACAGACCCAGUUCCUCCACAACUUCCUUGAUGGAAAAGUGCUGUUUGGCUCGUGGUUUGAUCAUGUAAAGAGCUGGCUGAAUGCUGAAGAUGAAGAGCACAUCAUGCACAUCUCCUAUGAACAGAUGAUAAUGGACCUGAAGGACUCUGUGUGCAACAUGGCUCAGUUCCUGCAGACACCUCUGGACCAUGAAGCGAUAGAGAAGAUAGCCGACCGAUGUUUGUUCAAGAACAUGAAGAAGAACAACAUGUCAAACUACUCUACUGUUCCUCGUGAAUUACUGGACCAGACAAAGUCUGGGUUUCUCAGGAAAGUGAACGGAUGA